AUGAAGGGUUCCAUCUCCUACCAGAUCUACAAGGGGGCUCUCCUCCUCUCCUCCCUGCUGGCCUCCGUCUCGGCCCAGGGCGCCGGCACUCUGACUGCCGAGUCCCACCCGGCCUUGACCUGGCAGAAGUGCUCUGCCGGUGGCAGCUGCACCCCCGUCAGCGGUAGUGUCGUCAUUGACGCCAACUGGCGCUGGGUUCACGACAAGAACGGCAAGAACUGCUACACUGGUAACACCUGGGACGCGACCCUGUGUCCCGAUGACAAGACCUGCGCCGCCAACUGUGCCGUCGACGGUGCCAGCUACGCGAGCACCUACGGUGUGACCACCAGUGGCAACUCUCUGCGCAUCAACUUUGUCACCCAAGCUUCCCAGAAGAACAUCGGUUCUCGUCUCUACCUGCUGGAGAACGACACCACUUACCAGAAGUUCAACCUCCUGAACCAGGAGUUCACCUUUGACGUGGAUGUUUCCAACCUGCCUUGCGGUCUCAACGGUGCCCUCUACUUCGUCGACAUGGACGCCGAUGGUGGUAUGGCCAAGUACCCAACCAACAAGGCCGGUGCCAAGUACGGUACUGGAUACUGUGACUCUCAGUGCCCCCGUGACCUCAAGUUCAUCAACGGUAUCGCCAACGUCGAGGGCUGGACUCCCUCCUCCAACGACCCCAACUCGGGUGUCGGUGGCCACGGUACUUGCUGUGCCGAGAUGGACAUUUGGGAGGCCAACUCCAUCUCCGAGGCCCUCACUCCUCACCCUUGCGACACCCCCGGCCAGACCAUGUGCGAGGGCAACGCCUGCGGUGGUACCUACAGCAACGACCGUUACGCUGGUACUUGCGAUCCUGAUGGGUGUGACUUCAACCCGUACCGUCAGGGUGUGACCAACUUCUACGGUCCCGGCAUGACCGUGGACACCAAGUCUCCAUUCACCGUGGUGACCCAGUUCCUCACCGACGACGGUACCUCCACCGGUACCCUGAGCGAGAUCAAGCGCUUCUACGUCCAGAACGGCAAGGUGAUCGGCCAGCCCCAGUCCACCGUCGCCGGUGUCAGCGGUAACUCCAUCACCGACUCCUUCUGCAAGGCCCAGAAGGCCGCCUUUGGAGAUACCGAUGACUUCACCAAGCACGGUGCCCUGGCCGGUAUGGGUGCCGCCUUUGAGGAGGGCAUGGUCCUGGUCAUGAGUCUCUGGGAUGACCACAACUCCAACAUGCUCUGGCUCGACAGCACCUACCCCACCACCGCCAGCUCCACUACCCUCGGUGCCAAGCGCGGCUCUUGCGACAUCUCCUCCGGUGCUCCCAACGACGUUGAGUCCCAGAAUGCCAACUCCUACGUUGUCUUCUCCAACAUCAAGGCUGGUCCCAUUGGCUCCACCUUCAACAGCGGCUCCACCGGCGGCGGCAACGGCAGCGGCUCCACCACCACCACCAAGGCCCCAACCACCACCACUACCAGCAAGGCCACCACCACCACUGCUGCCUCUGGCGGUAACGGCGGCGGUGCUGCUCACUGGGCCCAGUGCGGUGGUGUUGGCUACACCGGUCCCACCACCUGUGCCAGCCCUUACACCUGCACCAAGCAGAACGAGUACUACUCCCAGUGCCUGUAA